GGAGAAGUUUUGACCAAGGGGGCAGACGAGCCGUGUGUCUCUCCGGUCCCACGCGCAUGCUGACGAUGGGGCCAGCGGUGCCGUGAGCGAGGCCCAGCAGCCGGCCCAGAGCAAUGCCCAUGGGGGCCCGGCCGGCCCCCUCCUCCCGGCUUGGCAGGCUCAGCGAGGCCAGAGGCGCCCGGGGGAGGACAUCGGCAGACAGAUGCCCCCCAGGCCUCGGGGUCUUCUGACGGGGCCUGCUGGGGGGCGUGCCAAGGGCAGAGGAUGCCAGCCAAGGGGCGAUACUUCCUCAACGAGGGCGAGGGCGGCCCCGACCAGGAUGCGCUCUACCAGAAGUACCGGCUCACCGGCCAGCACGGGCCCCUGCUGCUCACGCUGCUGCUGGUGGCGGCCACGGCCUGCAUUGCCCUCAUCAUCAUCACCUUCACCCACCAGGACCCCUCGGGAUACCCAGCUGUCCUGGGGAUGGCUUUCGUGACCCUGGCUGUGUGCCUGGUUCUCUCCAUCCUGGUGUACGUCGAGUGCCUCGUCCGGCGGUGGCUCCGGGCCUCGGCCCUGCUCAUCUGGGCCUGCCUCCUGGCGCUGGGCUACGCGCUGCUUUUCAGCUUCCGGGCCAAGGAGGCGUGUGCCUGGGAGCAGGUGCCUUACUUCCUGUUUGUGGUCUUUGUGGUGUACACGCUGCUGCCCUUCAGCAUGCCUGGAGCCGUGGCGGUUGGGGCCAUCUCGGGCAUUUCUCACCUCCUGGUGAUCGCUGUGCUCAGGGGCGGCUCCACCGGACCCAGUGCCGACCUGGGGCUGCAGCUGCUGGCCAACGCCGUCAUCUUCCUGGGCGGGAACCUGACGGGCGCCUUCCACAAGCACCAGCUGCAGGACGCCUCGCGCGAUCUCUUCACCUACACGGUCAAGUGCAUCCAGAUCCGCAGGAAGCUGCGCAUCGAGAAGCGCCAGCAGGAGAACCUGCUGCUGUCCGUGCUGCCGGCCCACAUCUCCAUGGGCAUGAAACUGACCAUCAUAGAGCGGCUCAAGGAGCGUGGGGACCGCCGCUACAUGCCGGACAACAACUUCCACAGCCUUUACGUCAAGCGGCACCAGAAUGUCAGCAUCCUCUACGCCGACAUUGUGGGCUUCACCAGGCUGGCCAGUGACUGUUCCCCCAAAGAGCUGGUGGUGGUCCUGAAUGAACUCUUCGGCAAGUUUGACCAGAUCGCCAAGGCCAAUGAGUGUAUGCGGAUCAAGAUCCUGGGGGACUGCUACUACUGUGUGUCGGGGCUACCCGUGUCCCUGCCCACGCAUGCCCGCAACUGUGUGAAGAUGGGGCUGGACAUAUGCGAGGCCAUCAAGCAGGUGCGGGAGGCCACGGGCGUGGACAUCAGCAUGCGCGUGGGCAUUCACUCGGGCAACGUGCUGUGUGGUGUCAUCGGGCUGCGCAAGUGGCAGUAUGACGUGUGGUCACAUGACGUGUCCCUGGCCAACAGGAUGGAGGCGGCCGGAGUGCCAGGGCGGGUGCACAUCACCGAAGCCACCCUGAACCACCUGGACAAGGCCUACGAGGUGGAGGAUGGGCACGGGCAGCAGCGGGACCCCUACCUGAGAGAGAUGAACAUCCGCACCUACCUGGUCAUCGACCCCCGGAGCCAGCAGCCGCCCCAGCCCAGCCAGCACCUGGCCAAGCCCAAGGGAGAUGCCACCCUAAAGAUGCGGGCGUCCGUGCGCAUGACGCGCUACCUGGAGUCCUGGGGCGCCGCGCGGCCCUUCGCACACCUCAGCCACCGCGAGAGCGUGAGCAGCACCGAGACGCUGGUCCCCAACGGGCGGAGGGCCAAGGCCAUUCCCCUGCGGCGCCACCGGACCCCCGACAGGAGCGCGUCUCCCAGGGGGCGGGCGGAGGACGACGCCUCUGACGAGGAGAUGCUGUCAGCCAUCGAGGGGCUCAGCUCCACGAGGCCCUGCUGCUCCCGCUCCGACGACUUCUCCCGCUGUGGGUCCAUCUUCCAGGAGCCGGGCUUCGAGCGAGAGUACCGCCUGGUGCCCAUCCCCCGGGCCCGUCUCUACUUCGCUUGUGCCGGCGUUGUCUUCACUUGCAUCCUGCUCGUCCAUGCCCUGCAGAUGCCCAGGAAGACAGCUCUGGGGGUCUCCUUCGGGCUGGUGGCCUGCGUGCUGGCGCUGGCCCUGGGCCUGUGCUUUGCCGACGAGUUCCUGAGGUGCUGGCCCGCCUGGACGAUGCUGCGCGCCCUGUCUGAGAGUGUGGAGACACAGCCCCUGCUGCGCCUGUCCCUGACCGUGCUGACCACGGGCAGCCUGCUGACCGUCGCCAUUGUCAACCUGCAACUGGUGUCCACCCCGCUGUGUGCCACCAACCAGACGGACCCCGGCCUGAGGGCGGGGGCCGGCCCCCAGGACACCCUGUGCGAACUCCAGUAUUACACCUGCAGCUGCAUCCUGGCCUUCAUCGCCUGCUCUGUCUUCCUGAGGGUGAGCCUGGAGCUGAAGGUGGUGCUGCUGACCGUGGCCUUGGUGGCCUACCUGGCGGUCUUUGCCUCCCCGUGCCGGGACCAGUGUGCCGUGGCCAACCUCACCCGCACCAGCGUCAGCUCCCCACUCAUUGCCUGCUGGGAUCUGAGGAGGACCAUGACCUGUUUCUACCUGGUUCUGUUUUAUGUCACGCUCGUCAUGCUCUCCAGACAGAUCGACUAUUACUGCCGCCUGGAUUAUUUGUGGAAGAAGAAGUUCAAGAAGGAGCACGAGGAGUUCGAGACCAUGGAGAACGUGAACCGCCUGCUGCUGGAGAACGUCCUCCCGGCCCACGUGGCUGCCCACUUCAUCGGCGACAAGCUAAAUGAGGACUGGUACCAUCAGUCCUACGACUGCGUGUGCGUCAUGUUUGCGUCCGUGCCGGACUUCAAGGUCUUCUACACGGAGUGCGAUGUCAACAAGGAGGGUCUGGAGUGCCUGCGUCUGCUCAACGAGAUCAUCGCCGACUUCGAUGAGCUGCUGCUGAAGCCCAAGUUCAGCAGCGUGGAGAAGAUCAAGACCAUUGGCAGCACCUACAUGGCAGCCGCAGGGCUCAGCAUUCCCUCGGGGCACGAGAACCAGGAGCUGGAGCGGCAGCACGCCCACAUCAGCAUCAUGGUGGACUUCAGCAUCGCCCUGAUGAGCAAGCUGGACGGCAUCAACCGGCACUCCUUCAACAACUUCCGCCUGCGCGUGGGCAUAAACCACGGGCCUGUGAUCGCGGGCGUGAUCGGGGCGCGGAAACCCCAGUAUGACAUCUGGGGAAACACAGUCAAUGUCGCCAGCCGCAUGGAGAGCACCGGAGAACUCGGGAAGAUCCAGGUCACGGAAGAGACAUGCGUCAUCCUCCAGGGCCUGGGGUACUCCUGUGAGUGCCGAGGGCUGAUCAACGUGAAGGGCAAGGGCGAACUCAGGACUUACUUUGUCUGCACGGACACAGCCAAGUUCCAAGGGCUGGGGCUGAACUGAGGACUCUGGGUACACGGGGGGCAUGCUGGAAGCCGGUUCCCUUCUCUGAAGCAGGCUGGGGAGACGCAGCCUGCCGCAGGGACGUGCCGGGGCCACUGACCCACGGCCUUCUGCCUUCUUUGGGCUUGAGUGUGAGGGCCGCGGGGACGUGUGAGCUGCAGCUGCAGCCUGAGGGGGCACCGCACCGCCUCACCACACAGGAACCAGAGUGCCAGGAUGGGCCUCCAGGCUCAUCUCCCCUCCCCCCUCAGGCGCAGGACCAGGAUGGCUGUCCACAUCCUUUCCCCCUGGCCAACCAGCAAGAGGAGUCUACAUCUUCACUGUAGACUGGAAUACAGGAUGUCUAUUUUAGUAUACAUGGUUUUAAAUAGGAAAAAAAAAAAAGCAUCACAGACAUUUGUUAUUUCUUGCUAUCUCUGGCGUUGGGUUGCUUCAAAAGGCUACAUUAUGAAACGGGCCUAUCCUUUCAAGUGACUUCUUAGAUGCUAGAUAAAGCCUCUUCCUCCGGGGUCUUCUCUGCCUUUGUAGGCGCUGACACUAGUAGGGCUCCCGCAGCGUCCCGGCUCUGCCUCGGGGCUGCAGCGCCGAGGAACGUGGCCCCUAAUGGAAAGGCCAGGACUUGGCGGGGACCUGGCUUCCCCUGCGGCUGACGCCAGCAUUCCGGGCAGGGUCAGCCAGGGAGAGCUCGGAAAGAAGGCCCCCAGCACUUCCCUGCAGCCUCGUGCUCUGGGGGCUCUUCCUGCAGUCCUGACUGCCCCCCGGCUCUCUGCCUGGACACAGAGGGGUCUGUGCAGAGAACCCCUUCGUUCCAUUUCUUCAAGCCUCACAGCCAGCUUGGAAGAGCUCCAACAGUCUCUGCCUCGCCUAGGCAGGGGGUGCUGGGGACGCUGCCCCCGCCCUUCUUGCAGGCACUGAGACGUUUGGGAGCCCCAGCCAAACCAAGGUCAGUGCAAAGCCAGGCUGCUGGGGUGGCCCGUCACCUCCCCCGCCCGGGAUGGACACAAGCCAGCUGCUGGUACUGCAGGUGGGAAAGCACCAGAUUACCCAUAGGCAGCGCCGCCACAUCUCAAAACUGCCAGUGUCUCAAAACCUAGCAGGCGACCUUCAGUCUUUACUAGGGCUCUUGAGCCCGGAGCUUCCUGAAAUGAAACGGAAGGAUCUUGCAUAUGGGAGAUCUCAAAAGAUGACCCAGGACCAGACAGAGCCACGAAGAAGCCAGGCCUGCUUCUUGUAUUUGGGGCCACACCCAGCAGUGCUCAGGAAUCACUCCUGGGUGUGGUUGGUGUGUGUGUGUGUGUGUGUGUGUGUGUGUGUCCCAGCAGUGCUCAGGAAUCACUCCUGGGUGUCUGGUGUGUGUGUGUGUGUGUGUGUGUGUGUGUCCCAGCAGUGCUCAGGAAUCACUUCUGGGUGUGGUUGGUGUGUGUGUGUGUGUGUGUGUGUUGGGGGGGAUUGGGACACCAUCUGGGGUGCUGUGGGGAAGAGCCUGGAUCAGCCACAGGCAAGGCAAGUGCCCUGCCUGCGUGGCGGGCUGUGCUGUGGCUCCAGCCCCCAGGAGACCUUCUCGGGAGGGAGAGGCUGGGGAAGAACAGACCAUGUUGUGAGCAGCCCGGGACAGGGAUGGGCCCAGAACCUGCACACAGGUGCCGAGUAGUUCUUGGCAGCAAUUGAAGUCACAGUGAAUUUCCAGGCCUUGCACAAAGGACUUGAUGGGGCUGGAGUGCAUGCUUUGUAUGUGGGCGGCCCGGGUUCGAGCCCUGGCACCAUGUGUUGCCCAAGCCUGCCUCCGGCACUGCUGCAACCCCAGAAACCAAACCGAAGAGGAAUUCCAUGGAGAAAGUGUUGGUAGGGAAACCAACCUUAGACUGUUUUCUCACUUUGACCUGAAGGCCGGGCUGCAGGGAGGCCUGUAUGGAAACCUCCGUUCUUAAGUCCAGGGGCGGGUGGGUGUCCAUUCUGGAAGGAGGAAGGUCUGGCUGCUGACUGUGGACGCAGCCAUUUCUAGGGGCAUGUACUCAUCACUCCUAUUUCUACCCGCCAAAGUGACUUUGCGUUCAGCAACAGAAACUGUAACUGGGAUCUGAAGAAAACUCAACUGGCUAUUAUUUUUGUCCUCUAUUUCCAAGGAAAGCAUCAGGCUUAGAUGAGUUUUCUAUUUUCAAUGUUCAGGUCAGAAAGAAUCAGGCCAUAAUGAAGAACCGAACAUAAAAACCACCUAAAGGUCUUUUGACGAGUUAUUAAGCCAUUUCUUCACAGGAGUCACUGUGUUUUAUGACAGACACCUUCCUCCCUGACCUUCAGAGGGGUCAAGGACACGCCUCAGUCUUCAGUGGUGGGGUGGAGUGAUAGAAUAGUGGGUAGAGCGUUUUCCUUGCAUGUGGCCAACCCAGGUUCGAUCCCCAGCAUCCCAUAUGGUCCCCUGAGCACUUCCAGAAGUAAUUCCUGAGUGCAGAGCCAGGAGUAACCCCUGAGCAUUGCCAGGUAUGACCCAAAAAGCAAAAAAGCCCUAAAACCCCCCAAAUAUACCAUUGUACAAUGGUGGCAGCCUUAUGACUUUCAAUAGUGAAAACUACACCUGAAGUUUUCUGGUUUACUUACUAAGAAAUUGCCUAACAAAAAGAUGAUUAACUACAGUGUACUUUUUGUAUAUGUCAAUGUACAGAAAUAUGCUGAAAAGGGGGGGCUGGUAUACUGAAUAUGUAUGUAUAGAUCUGUAACAUGUUUCAAAAUGUUGUAUUUUUAGAAAACAUCCGUAUUUUUACAUUUUUAUUUUCAU